AAUGGUAAAUCCUGUGUGUUGGUAAACAGUGUAAGCGAAAGGACUGGAGGCAAUUUAGAGGUACAUCCGUGCUUUAUGAGCAUGGAAGUCGGAAUCGAAUAACCAUCUUACAAAACAGAAAUGGCUUGAUCAAACGUGAUACAAUAUUGGUCCUAGCCGAUCUGAUGAACUUCAAGAAUGCUUUCGCAAUUGGCCAAGAUGUGAAUUAUUCACUUGCUGAUGCUGUUUUAGACCACAACCGAAACACCAACAUUUGUCUUCGCGCUGCUGCAGAGGUGUACAUGGCACUCGCCAGCCAUCUCCCGAAAAAACAAGCGAGUCUCAAACAGCAGUCCAGCCUUGUCAGAACGAUUCAGCAUUGGUUGACGAUGGAGAAAUUUCCAACAAAUGAAGAAAAUAAACAUAAGAUAUUCCGGUUGAGGCCCGAUGCCGAAGGCCAAGAUACCAAAACUUUAUGCAUAACCUUAUCUGGAUCUUCGCUUCAGGUAAACGCUGCAACCCUAAUGGUGCCGGUAGUCGGAUGGAAGACAGUGUUGAGUGUUGAUGAUGCCAUCCUGUCCAGAAAAUUAACCUGGCCUACCUCUCAGGCGGAGAAAAAAGUGGCCGCUUUUCGUCUUGGUGCAAAGCCCAGUAUUUCUCGAGAUUUCGGCGCAAUACUCAAUAAACCACAAAAUGUUUUUUAAUAGAAUAAUGAAAAUGCUUUUUGAGAUCCAUACCCAGACUGCGCAUAUAAAUCAUCAAAGCAUUGGUCGAGAUAUAUUGAGUUAGGUGAAGGACUUUUGAUGUUCUCGUUAGACGAAAAGCGGCCACUUUUUUCUCCGCUU